AUGGCGCUGGAGGGGAACGCGAGCUGCGCCGACUGCGUGUCCCAGAGCGCGCGGAACAGCAGCCCGGGCGCUCAGGCAGCCUCCGGCCCCGUGACCGGCACGCUUGCGGGCAUCCUCAUCUUCACCAUCGUGGUGGACAUCGUGGGCAACCUGCUGGUCAUUCUGUCCGUGUGCAGGAACAAGAAGCUGAGGAACGCAGGUAAUAUCUUUGUGGUGAGCCUUUCCGUGGCCGACCUGGUGGUGGCGCUGUACCCAUACCCUCUGGCCCUGCUGGCCAUUUUCCACAAUGGCUGGACGAUGGGCUACCUGCACUGCCAGCUCAGCGGCUUUGUCAUGGGCCUGAGCGUGAUUGGCUCCGUCUUCAACAUCACGGCCAUCGCCAUCAACCGCUACUGCUACAUCUGCCACAGCCUGCGCUACGACCGGCUGUACACGCGCAGGAACACCUGCCUCUACCUGACCCUCACCUGGCUGCUGACCGCUGUGGCCACCUUGCCGAACUUUCUGGUGGGCUCCCUGACUUACGACCCCCGGGUCUUCUCCUGUACCUUUGCACAGACGGUCAGCUCCUCCUACACAGUCUGCGUGGUGCUCAUCCACUUCCUGGUGCCGCUGGGCGUGGUCUCCUUCUGCUACCUGCGCAUCUGGGCCCUGGUGAUCCGAGUGAAGGGUCGGGUGCGGGCCCGGCCGGGCGCGCGGACGGCCGACCUGCGCAACUUCUUGACUAUGUUCGUCGUCUUCGUGCUCUUCGCCGUCUGCUGGGCUCCACUGAACUUCAUCGGGCUGGCCGUGGCCAUGGACCCCGCCCGAGUGGGCCCCAACAUCCCCGAGUGGCUCUUUGUCACCAGCUACUUCAUGGCCUACUUCAACAGCUGCCUGAACGCCAUCGUCUACGGCCUUCUGAACCAGAACUUCCGCCGUGAGUACAAACAGAUCCUGCUGGCGCUCUGCACGCCACGGGCACUCUUCUCGGACAGCUCCAAGUACAACACGGACGCCUACAAGAGCAAGCAGUCACCCGCAGGGACCAACAACAAUCUGGUGGAGGCUCACCUGUGAAGGGGCGGGGAUAAAUGUGAAUAAGGCGAGGGGCUAACCAUGCACCCGUAUGCAAAAUGGGAGAUGUUGAAAGGUUAGCAAGGAGGGACCCUUAGACACCAUCACUAGAGACUUCAACUGAAAACUACAGGUUUACAUCCCAAUCCAACCAGCCAAAAAGCUAGCAUACAAUCAUGCAUGCUAGUUUCACAUAUCGCAAAGUAAUUCUGGCUCAAGUCUCAUGUCUUGUCUCCAUCACAUAAAUUACUUUGAUGGCUAAAGAGGUAGCCCUACUAGUGUCCACAUCACACAUUCCUGGAACAAACACAAAUCAAGCAUGCUGCUAUCCACAUCACACAAAUUCUUGAAGCAACCAUGAAGCUAGCUGCAGUCACACAUGCUACUUUCUGUUACACAGCUAACUCAAAUGGCUAAGAAGCUAGCCUACAGUCAUGCAUGCUAGUGGCUACAUCACACAAAUUCCUCAAGUGACCAAAACAAUAGCCUACAAUCACGCAUGCUGGUCAACACCAAACAGA